AUGCUAUCCAUAUCGACAGAGAGCUGGAGCUUGUAUCCAGCCAACACCACCACCUAUCAGCUUGCGCUCAUGGACAACGCCAACAGCUCCUCACAGUUCACUGGCGUCACGCUGAUUCAGUCAUUCAAGCCCCUCAUCAUCCCCUGCUACGUGCUGCUGGUCUUUGUGGGCAUUGUCGGCAACUACCUGCUCCUCUACGUCAUCUGCAAGACCAAGAAGAUGCAUAACGUCACCAACUUCUUCAUCGGUAACCUGGCCUUCUCCGACAUGCUGAUGUGCGCCACCUGCGUGCCCUUCACGCUGGCCUACGCCUUCCACCCACGUGGCUGGGUCUUCGGCACCUUCAUGUGUUACUUUGUAUUCCUGAUGCAGCCAGUGACGGUUUACGUGUCCGUCUUCACCCUGACUGCUAUCGCCGUCGACAGAUAUUAUGCCACAGUGCACCCACUGAAGAAACGCAUCUCCAUUGGGACCUGCAUGUUCAUCUUGGCCGGGGUCUGGCUCGUGUCCUGUGCUGUGUCUGCUCCGGCGCUUGCUCACACCUACCAUGUCGAGUUUCAGGACCAGGGCCAGAUCAUCUGUGAGGAGUUCUGGAUAGAGAAAGCGAAGGAACACUUGGCCUAUGCCUACACCACCCUCAUCGUGACCUACAUCCUGCCGCUGUCGGCCGUCUCUCUGUCCUACCUCCGCAUCACCCUCAAACUGAAGAACCGGGUGGUCCCGGGCAACGCCACCCACAGCCAGGAGCGAUGGGAGAAGGUGAAGCGCAAGAAGAUAUUCAGGCUGCUGGUGCUGGUGGUGGCCGCUUUCGGGGCGUGCUGGCUACCCCUGCACGUCUUCAACAUCAUCCGGGACAUCGACAUCAACCUGAUCAACAAGGACUACUUCAACCUCAUCCAGCUGCUGUGCCACUUUUGCGCCAUGACCUCGGCCUGCUGCAACCCGUUCCUCUACGCUUGGCUGCAUGACCGCUUCAGGGCGGAGCUGAAGAGGAUGUUCGCCUGCAAGAAGAAGAUCGUCCCCAGCAACAACUGCAUCGCCGUCAGCGUGGUGCUGUAG